GUUUACAUGUUUUGGUUCCGAUAUGGCAACACUUGCGGAAAAAUAGUGAAAUAAAAAAAAAAAUACAUUAAUGGUAUUAGGAUUUUAAGAGGAACAAAUCGCUUAUUAAUUGAUUAGCCGAUUAAUUUGCAUAACUUACACUGGGCAACAAAAUUCGACUACAAGUGUUAUAAUAAUUUGUGCGCGUGUGUGGUAUUUUAGGCCGAUACUGUGACAGGAAGACAGCAAGCAAUGGCAGGCAUGAACAAUUACUCAACAUUGAUGUAUAACACCAACCAAAAGGUAGUGGUUACUGAUGAAGAUGAGAAUAGUGAACAUAUACAACAACGCCCCCGCAAUAUCUAUGGCUCAUAUGCUGCUGUCGACUCCUCGGGCAAUCCACCAACCAGCUUGCCAUUGCAUAGACAAUCACAAUUGCAAUAUCCACUGAGCGAUGAUCAAUAUCAGAUUUAUAUGGCCAGUUUAAAUUCUGGCCCCGAUUCUGGUCUAAAAAAUGUCCAUUCUGAAAGAGAUUUGUCGUUGCCUCUAGAGAAACAAAGGGCUUUGGAUAAUUUUUAUGACAGCCAGGACGAUGUGUAUCCUCCCGAGCAGCAUAACAUUUUGAGUUCAUUUAGCUUAUCCGAUACCAAAAAAAUUUCAAUACGCAAAUAUUUGGGUAUAGGUGUUCAGUGGGUUAGUUUGGUAACCGAAAACUUGCUCAGUCAUCCUUUUAUAGUGCUGCGGCGACAAUGUCAAGUUUACAAUGCCUCACAGAGAUAUCAUCUGCAUCCUUUUGCUUUAAUGCCUUCCAUUGUUCAUCUACAUCGCCGUCAAGGCGUUACAACACUUUGGAAAGGUCUAGGUAGUUGCCUGCUGGUACGCGGCUUGUCCAUGGCGGUGGAUGAUGUUCUGUCUAAGAUAACAUCAUGGCCUAAGGAAGUGGACAGCCGUACUAAUAUGAAACGUUUCGGCCAGCAUAUUAUUCUAAAAUGCAUUAGCAUAGCUGUUGUCAUGCCCUUCUAUGCUGCCUCUUUGGUUGAAAGUGUGCAAAGCGAUAUUGCCAGUGAGAAACCUGGUCUGUUUGAUGUUUUUCGUGAAGGAAGUUUACGACUGUUGUACUGGAAAUCUCCUCAGAAAGGUCGAAUGCUGCCGGUGUGGUGUUUAAUAGGACCAACGGUGGGAAUUGGCAUAACAAAAUAUCUCUUUGGCUUGGUCAUUAAAGGCAUAUCAUCUCGCAUAAUGCGACGACGCAUUCAGCAAGCUCAAGAACGCAAAGGAGCCAAAUUUAAAGAUGACUCUCUGGAAACUCAAAACGUUGAAGUCUAUUCGAAUCUUAUUUCUAUGCUGACAACCGAAGUCAUAUUCUUUCCAUUCGAAACAAUUUUACAUCGCAUUCAGCUGCAAGGCACCCGAACAAUUGUUGAUAAUUUGGAUAAUGGCUAUGCCGUUGUGCCUAUACUGACGAAUUAUCAGGGAGCCAUGGAUUGCUAUCGUCAAACAGUGGCCUCCGAAGGCUUUUCUGGACUUUACAAAGGCUUUGGUGCCAUAAUUUUACAAUUUGCUGCCCACAUUGCAGUUAUAAAACUAACCAAAUGGAUUGUUAAUCAAAUAACGGAAGUCAUUUCUAGUCGCCCACCCCAGAAAGUAGUACAAUAUUAUAAUUUAGAUCGUGGCCUGAACUCAAAUUCUACAACGAUAUCACGUAGUCUAAGUUCAGGAAGUGAGCUUGAUGAGAAUAGCGUGGGAAAUCGAUCGGUGGAUUAAAAGAAAGUUAAACGAAAAAAAAAGCAAAAGUGAAACGUUAAUUAUUUAAAUAUAAAUUUAUUAUGACAAUGGUUAUUUACUUAUACUUGAUAGCUCUUUUUGAAUUCGAUUUGAAUGAUAUAAGGGAAGCUAAACUGUUGUGUAAUAUUUUCAUGUUAAUUAUUCGUUUAUUAAACUUUCCUUUUUCUAUAAGAGACAAUUCUUGAGUUGCACUGUGAUACUUCCGUUACCACAUGAAAUCCGCGCGAAAUUUAAAGUAAACGAUUAUUUUGUAAAAGCUAACAUUUAGGCCAAAUUGUUGUUACACUUCAAUAAACAAGUCUAAUUUAUUUCCCAAAAUUAAAAAAUCUAAA